UGUUUGUAAACAAGUCGCUGUUAACGUCUCGGAUGGACACAUCAUUGUGGGAAUUCCACAUGUGUUGUGAUGUGAUCGUGACACAACUAUUUCUUUACGGAAAAUUCGGCACCGGAACUUUUAUUGUGCCUGCGCGCGGAUCACUGGCUCAUAUGAUAUUUAUCUUCGGUGAUAGUAGUUUUUAUAGUACACUAGAUAAGCAAAGUGCCAAUCACAUUCUUGUCAUAUAUAAGGCUGGUAUCCCCAUACGGCGGCAGAGAACUUUAGCAUCGAUCACCACGGAUGGCUCGAGAAAUAUUGUUAAUUCUAUCCACAACACACGGCCACAACAGCGUACCAGAACGAGCGCGCGGAGAUAAUGGAUAAAACUGAAGCUGUCAAAAGUGAACCUAAGCCAAAACCUGACCGUGAACAAUGGGGCAAUCAGAUGGAAUUUCUCUUCACGUGCAUUGCCUACGCUGUAGGGUUGGGCAACGUGUGGCGUUUCCCCUACCUGGCUUACAAGAACGGCGGAGGAGCAUUCUUGAUACCGUACGUCAUUAUGCUAGCUCUGGUUGGAUUGCCUCUUUUCUUCAUGGAAAUUGCUCUUGGACAAUAUUCGAGUCUAGGACCAAUUAAAGCAUGGAAGGUAUCGCCACUAUUCAAAGGUAGGGGCGUGGCAUCGGUGUUCGUGUCAGCGCUCAUAGGCCUUUACUACAACGUCAUUGUCGCCUACUGUCUCGUGUAUCUGAUCUCAUCGAUGACGAGCGAACUGCCGUGUGGUCCGACUGCCAAAAACGAUUGGAACUCCGACAUGAGCCUGGUGGAAUGCCAGCCAGUGCUUGUUGGCUCGCUUGCAGCAGCUUGGUUCAUAGUAUUUCUUGUUCUAAUCAAGGGAGUUGGUAGUCUUGGCAAGGUCGUGUACUUCGUCGCAAUAUUUCCCUACAUAAUGCUGACAAUAUUGCUCGUAAGGGGGCUAACACUAGAAGGUGCCUCGGAUGGAGUCAUGUACUACUUGAGCCCUUCGUGGGAGCGUCUUGCAGACAUACAGGUCUGGAAAGACGCUGCAGUGCAGAUAUUUUUCUCGCUCAGUGCUUGUACUGGAGGACUAAUAACAAUGUCCAGCUAUAACCGAUACGAGAACAACAUACGAAGGGAUGCUAUUUUGAUUCCGUUGCUUAAUUGCGCAACAAGUGUCUUUGCGGGAUUCGUUAUUUUCUCGGUGUUAGGAUUCAUGGCUCACGAGAAAAACGUUCCAAUCGAUGAAGUUGCUGAACAAGGGCCUGGCCUAGUGUUUGUCGUGUAUCCAGAGGCACUUUCAAAGAUGCCAGUUCCUCCGUUGUGGUCCAUACUGUUUUUCAUCAUGAUGUGUUCACUGGGAUUCGGAUCACAGUUUUCAAUCAUUGAGAACGUUAUUGCGUCGAUCAUCGAUCAAUUUCCCGGUACCUUGCGUUCGAGCACGCUUCGCAGCAUAUGCUUCAGAGCUGUCGUAUGCUCGGCAUUUUUCCUGGUCGGCCUUACAAUGGUCACUAGAGCUGAAGCUUUAUGCAAUCAGCGAAAGACUCUUAGCACGCUAAGAGUUGAUAAAAACUCGCAGAGAAUAUCUACGAAAUGA